AUGGCGCGAACCAAACAAUCAGCACACAAAAAUGUUUCUCCCUUCUCACCACCCUCUUCAUCCCGUUCAUCUGAUUCUGUGGAACGUUCACCUUCUCCACCACCUCGACCAACACCAACACACACCUCCUCUGAUUCAACCUCUUCUGACAACAACCAAGAAAUCUUCAAUCCCAAUCCUCUGUCUACUAUUCUUCCACCACUAUACACUCGUCCCACACCAAACCUUGCUCAAGUUCCUCCACAUUUGCAUAACCAAACCAUUCCUCAACGGCGUUCAAUGAGGGUUCAAUCUAGAAUUGGAACCUCAAAACCAUCAAACCUAAAACCACAUUACUUCAUCAUCUCAGAUUCUGAGACUGAUGAUUCUUCUCCUCCAACAUCAGCAAGGGCACCAACAAACACCAAACCUACCACAUCAUCAAAAUCAACCUUCUCCUAUGAACCCUCACAAUCAACUCCCCCAAACCAAAAACGGAGAUUGAUAAAUGAAAUCGUCUCCCCUCUCACUAAACAAACUGAACCCCCUUCUCAAAACAAACAAAAAAUGAAAACAAAAAAUGCCAUGACAAUUGCGCAAUUCCUUGCUCGAAAGAAUUUCCCAAACCCUCAAAGGAGAAAAACCCUUUCUCCAAAACAAAACCUCAAACACUGUCUACCCACCUCUCCAGAACAUUCUCCACAAUGUUCCCCACCCCAACCUCAAGAUCAUUCUCCAAUUCUGGAACGUUCUCCUGUUCAAACUCCCUUUUCUCUUCCAUCACAAGAACGUUCUCCAAAUCAAGAAUGUUUUCCUGUUCACACACAUCACACAGAUGCUAUUGGCUGGACCUCAUUCCUGCAAACGUCUGAAUGCUACUAUCCUGAUGUUGUCCGAGCAUUCUACUGCAAUGCAAAGACUUUCGCUGACAAAUCCCUGAUUAUUUCCAUGAUAAAAGGAGUAGAGAUCAAACUAAUCCCGGACAUUCUGGCUUCCAUACUUCAGUUGCCCACAGAAAGCCCAUCUGUGUUUGGCAAUAACUGGAGUCAUGAGUAUGUAUCUGACAAUGACGCGCUGCUCAUCCACCAUCUCCUCAAUUGCAAGCGUAUGAACCUGCCUCAUGUGAUUCUCCAACACAUGAUCUGUGCUGCAACCAAAGACUACAAGAAGAAUACUGUUCCUUAUGGAAUGAUAUUGACUAAAGACUUCAGGUAUUUUGGAGUUUCCCUUUCUUCUGAAAAGUCUUUAAUCAAAAUCUCCAAAUUCUCCACCAAAAAUCUCUCUCAUGUGAGAAAGAAUUUUUUUGCCCCACCUUCAUCCACCACAUCUUCAUUUCCCACCUCUCUCAAAAGAAAAAGAUCUGCGCGACUCCAGACUGUCGAAAUUCCCAUUCCAUUUUCACCCUCCUCAUCUGACCACUCACAAGAAGUAGUUCCAGAACCUGCUCAAGAACGUUCUUCACCUCAUCAAGAAUGUUCUCCAACAAAAUAUCAGAAUCCGUCAACCUUUAUUCCUACAUCAUCCACCAUUUCUUCAACUGACUUCAUUUAUUUUUCUCAACUUCUACGCUCCCCAAUUCAGGAUUUUGGGACAUUUCUAGCUAAUUAA